AUGUUGGAGCCAGACCCAAGCCACACACUAGAGGAGAGAGUGGUCCACUGGUACUUCAGUCAGCUAGAUAAAAACUCCAGUGGCGACAUCGGCAAGAAGGAGAUCAAGCCUUUUAAACGUUUCCUGCGCAAGAAGUCCAAGCCCAAGAAGUGCGUGAAGAAGUUUGUGGAGUACUGUGACAUCAGCAACGACAAGGCUCUGUCCCUGCAGGAGCUGAUGGGAUGCCUGGGAGUCACCAAGGAAGAAGGUGAGAUUCCCAAUUCUCAUUCCCAGAGAAUUCCCAACCAGGAAUACUGCCUGACGCAAUUGGGAAUGGUAGACCUCACGAAUACUAAGGUUGUAAUAAGCUGCUAAAAGAUUCAUCGGAAAUUACUAUGAAGUGCUUUUAUAAAUGAAAACUGCUGGUAAAGUUUUACACUUCUCUCGUCAUGUAAGGCUGAUUAGAUUAUGUCACUGUUUUUCUCCAGGGACCAAACCAAGUGAAGGUACAUCCUCCAGUAAACUGGUAAGUAAACCCUGGUAA